UGCCACCCUCACAAAUACAUUCAAAGACAGACUAAUACUUUGAAUCUGCGUACUGCUCGUCUUGGUUUCGAUUAGCUUGAUCAGACCAAAUGGAAAGGGCACCAAAGUUGAAUCUGCUUUUAGGCAUGUGUCUCGUUUUCAUCCAACUCCUCUUUCAUGGUGGCAGCACAGUGGGAGAUGGGAGGAAACUCGUCACCAACGACAAGAAUCCUGGAUUCAUAAGCAUCGAUUGUGGAGCACCAAAUGAUUACUCAGACAAGGAAACGGGCUUAUGGUAUCAGACAGAUACAGAAUUUGUAGAAACUGGUACAAAUUCUAUGGUUCUCCCUUCUACCAACACUGACAAUCCUCAUUUUGGGGGACUUCUAAACACGUUGAGAAGCUUCCCAGAAGGAAAAAGGAAUUGCUACACUCUCAAACCAAAACAAGGCAAGCGCCACACUUAUCUGAUUAGGGCUUACUUUUUAUAUGGAAAUUAUGAUGGCAAAAAUCAAACUCCAACCUUCGACUUGUACGUUGGCGUCAAUUACUGGGACACUGUUGACUUGAGAAAUAAUAAUUAUUAUUACAUUCCUGGGAUUAUUCAUGCCCCCACAACAGACACAAUACCUGUGUGCCUUGUGAAAACUGUUGUGGGAGUACCUUUCAUUUCUGCGUUGGAGCUUCGACCUCUCAGCAAUUCCAUUUACCAAACAUCUCCACUUUCUCAUCAAUCUCUUUUAAUCAAUCGAGGAAGCUUUGAUGUUGCCUCCACCAGUUCCGCCAUGCUCAGCAGGUGACUCCUACUUUUCCCACGAUCUCUUUAUUUCUCUACGUUAUUCGUUGACUCCAAACUUAGAUUUUCUUUUGGUGUUACAUUUGCUAUAUUUGUUUUCUUUUUAUAAACACCGAAGCAUAUGACUUAAUCACUAUUAGUUAGAUAAGCAUUUAUAACGUCAAUUGUUCAGGAGGGGACUAAGUUUCUUAAUUUCUGAUUUG